CGGGCAGUAGCACUUCCGGGUAGCCCCAGGCGCGUCCACGUUUACACGACCAAGUCUUUCUGUAACAGUCUGCCCACACUUGUGAGCUAAAAUGCCUCUGGAGUUCGAAUUAGCGCCCGGUAGGAUGAUCGGGGGGAAUCACCCAUGCUUCAUCAUCGCAGAGAUCGGCCAGAACCACCAGGGAGAUCUGGAAAUCGCCAAGCAAAUGAUCAAAAAGUGCAAGGAAGCUGGGGCAGACUGUGCCAAAUUCCAGAAGAGCGAACUUGACCACAAGUUCAACAAGGCAGCACUGGCGAGACCAUACACCAGCAAGCACUCUUGGGGAGCGACUUACGGGGAGCACAAGCGCCACCUAGAGUUCAGCCAUGAGCAGUACAGGGAGCUGAAGAGGUACUCAGAGGAGAUCGGCAUCAUUUUUGCUGCUUCAGGAAUGGAUGAGGCAGCAGUGGAGUUUCUCCAUGAACUGGAUGUGCAUUUCUUCAAGGUGGGCUCAGGAGACACCAACAACCUGCCUUACCUGGAGACGACAGCCAAGAAAGGCCGCCCCAUGCUGAUCUCUUCAGGCAUGCAGACACUGGACACCAUGAGGAAAGUCUACAACACAGUCAAACCCAUCAACCCCAACUUUCUCUUCAUGCAGUGCACCAGUGCCUACCCACUCAACCCAGAGGAUGUUCACCUCAGGUGUAUCCAGACAUAUCAGAAGGAGUUUCCGGACAUCCCCAUUGGCUACUCCGGGCACGAGAGUGGGAUCGCCAUCAGUCUCGCUGCCAUUGCCCUGGGGGCAAAGGUCAUCGAGCGCCACGUCACCCUGGACAAGACAUGGAAGGGGUCGGACCACGCUGCCUCGCUAGACUUUGAUGAGCUGGCGGAGCUGGUAAAGAAGGUUCGCGUGGUGGAGAUGGCCAUGGGGUCGUUUGUGAAGGACAUGAGGCCGUGUGAGAUUGCCUGUCAUGACAAGCUUGGGAAGAGUGUGGUGGCCAAGCAGGAUAUCCCAGCAGGCACUGCUCUGACCAUGGAGAUGAUGACAGUCAAGGUCGCUGAGCCCAAGGGCUUCCCUCCGGAGAACAUCUACCAGCUGGUGGGCAAGAAACUCAAACGGGCCUUGGAGUGCGACGAGACCGUGGCAGGGGAUGAUGUUGAAUAAUGUCACCAUUGACCCUCCUCUACUGAGUUAUGUUGUAAGCAAUAGAUACACACCCAGUAGGGGGAAGGUCAAAGACAUGUGUUACUUGUGAGGACAACAGAGAUUAACCACAGUGACUUACAAGCAAAUCAGUGGCCAUCACUUAACUGAGAAGUAUUCUGUUUGAGCAGUUAUUUGCCUCACUGUGUCAUCAAAACAAAAUGCUUUUCUACUAGAUUUUAGUGUAAAACUUACUGGUAACAAUUCCUCUGCACAAGAGUUCUGUUGAGUCAACUGUUGAGAUUGUUUUUCGUCUUUCUUUAAUUUACCUACCAAUACUUCACGCCAGUACUUCAGUGCGUGUUUAAGGAUACUGAAUAGUGCAAGGUAUCAAAACUAUGCUACAUAGCUAAGCUUUACACCACCAAAACAUAUGAAAACAGUUACUCAAUUUUACAGAGUUAAUGACACAGCAGUUAGUCAUUCAGUAAGGAAGCACUUUCAAAAAUGUUUAAAUGUACACUUUUACAUCCAGUAACAAUAUGAAAUUUCAAGUGACCACUCAAAAGUGACCACUACCAUCUACAUUUCACCCAUUGUCAUGGGUACUUUAAUGUGGUUAGGUUUUUAAAGUUGUUUUUUUCUGAAAGCAAUUGAAUAACAGUCUGUUCAGCACUCUGUGUUUCUAGUAGUCUAAUAGAUAUACUAUCUGUUGUUUUCUGUUUAUUUGUUUGAACCUUUGUUUAUUCAUUUAUCUUAUCAUUUUGCUGUAGUUGUGUGUUGGUGUGUAUUGAUCAGUUUUCUGGCUAUACUAGUGAUAUUUAAGAAUACACUGUUUACAUUUCAAGUGCCUUACAUAUGGGCAGCACCCAGGCUUUGUAGGUUGGGAGUUAUAAUUAGUGGAGCUGAUCUUAGUUGGUGACUUCCAUUGUGACCAGUCUACUGAAGUAAGGCAUAUACAGUAUUCCUACAGAUAUUUUUAUCUGACAGCUUAGCCUCCAAAUAGCUAGACUGUAUAAACGGUAAUCAUGUUGGACCCAUUAGAUAGUGACCUAUGAUGAGAACACAAUCUGAUCCAACCUGGUGUAUGAGGCUAACUUGUGUGUCUUUUUGCCAGAGGUAGACAUUGUUUUGUGCCAAAGUCAAGGCCAUUAUAUCACAAUGCAUAUUCUAUCAUGAAAUAUGUAUAUAUGACAUAUGAAGACUUAGAUGUUUAUCCCUUUGGGGAUACCUAAAUGCAGAAUCCAAUCUAUACUAUGAGGACUUAGACAGCAAAAGGUUAAUGAAAUGUCAUGUAACUCAUGCAAUCAGGUGUGCAAUGGAUGUAAUAAAAUGGCAGGAUGUGUGU